AUGGCUGCUGAGCACGUGUACCAGCCAGUUGGUGAUCCGCCUCGGGGCUUCCAAGCCAGAGCGGAUUACCCCGAGCCACUUCGGGUCUAUGAGACCAGAGGAGCGUUGCCCAACUUGACCUGCAACUUGAAGCUUGUCUGCUGCAACCGUUUGCAAUCUGACUGCGGAAGCCUGGCCGAGCGCUGUGACUGCACGGAGGCACUCCGAAACCUGGGCCCGGCGAUGGGCAUCCUGGCCUCCGCGGCAGUCCCUUGGGCCUUCUCUUCGGGGUUUUUUUGGGGUUUCUUGGGGUUUUGGGGGGUUUAG